GACAAUAUAAAAUAAAGUUAAUCAUUUCUUCGUGUCUCUUUUAUGCCGCCGAAUUUUUUUCCCUCUUCACUCGUCUCCCUCUUCUCUGCUUCCGCGGCGGCAUUGGAACCCCUCUUCAUGCAAUCGUCUGCGGCCUCUUCUCUGCCGUCGGGUUUUUAACCCUCUUCACUCGUCUCUCUCUUCUCUUCUUCCGCGGCGGCAUCGGCAUGAAAAUUCCAUUGGCGGGAAUGAUGGUCGUCGUCUCAUACUUAUCGCAUGAGUUCCUCAAUCUUCCUCAAUCUUCUUGGCUUGGCCAAGCCCUCCAACUCUUCGUUCAAGUGGAGAUUGAGAACAGAAUUCGUGGACGGGCUCACAUCCUUGCGUUGAAAGGGCGAUUAUAUUUUUGCUAACCCAACAGUUCAAUGAUGGAAAAUUUGCAGUAUUCGUCAAGUUACUAAAUCUAUGGUUAAGAAGAGCGGUUGAUCAUGGACCUACAGAGCCGUUGGGGUAACAGAAUGUGGGCAUGGGUGCGACCGAUUCUUCUAUGGGGGAUCCUUUGAUCUUAAAUUCUUUGAUGGAUAUGUUAAAAAAUGGACAAGGGCAACAAAUUACUAUGAUGGUGCAUGAGGCCAUCUCGAAAGUAGCUCCAUCUUGUGUAAAUCUUGUUGGCAUGAAGGAUCUAGCUGUGCCCUCCAAUACAUCUACUAUUAUGGAAGAGGAUGUCUCAAGGAUUACUCCAACAAACACUGAUGUUCCUAAUGUGGGUUCAGUUAGAGUUCUCCCACCAACAUCCGAACAAGUUUCCUUGAGGAGUCUCAUAGAUUCCCAAUCAAGAAUACUAAGGCUCCUACCAGAUACUCCUGAAAAUAUUCCAAUCAGACAAGAAAUAAGUGAACAAAUUCAGUUAUGGGAAAGGGCAUUAUUGGAGAGUGUAGGGCCUACCUCAGAUGAACAGGUUCACCAUUUUCAAAAGGAAGCUUCAGAGGAGGACCUAAAAUAUGCUUUAUUACAUGGUUCCCAAGGCUUACGACAACAUAUGCUAGAUCGAGGGGAGAAAUUAGUGAGUGGUCACGAAUCUGAGGAAGCCCAACAAUCAAAGUCAUCAGGUAGUGAGCAUGAAGAGGAGCUAGAGGAUCAUGAUGAAUUGUUUGUUGCACACAAUGAUUCGACUGUCAUUCCUGAAACUCGAGAGGAAACCAUCCUUGAAUUUCAGCAAGUGGGAGACAACAAUAAUGAGGAGGGUGUUCAAUGUGAUGAACAAUCCACACCCACAAUCAGAAAAGUGCCUCGUAGAAAGAGGACAAAAAGCAAGAGGAUGGAUAGAAACAAAUGAAAACAAGACAUAUUUGCUUCCUAUCAUUGUUCAGAUUUCAUUACUAUUAUAAACCUAAUUUAUAUAGCAUCAUAUUUGUUUAAUGAAUACUUGUGAAUUUUUUCACUUUUACAAAUGGGUUUCUGAUUUCACUUUUGUUUUCUAUUGAACAGUACAUUAUUCCCAAAUACGGUUGAGAAUAAAGUUUGGUAUUUUUUUGGUAUCUCCCUCAAGUCAUAUUUAAGUGCUUCAGAGUUCUAAUCUGACUGUUAAAUUGAGUUUUUUGUGGAUCAACAAAGACUAAACUUCAUGACUAAGUCAAAUUUAGGACUUAGUAUUAUGUUUGGUUGGUGUUAUUAUCUUUGGCUACAUCUAUUCUGUAAAAAGAAUUAUCAAGAUUUAUAAUCUUCUGAAAAAGGACAGUUCCUUAAAUAUUUUCUAGUUGUAAGUUUUUUGUGAGCAAUUAUCAAGAUUUCUAAGCUUCUAAAAAGGUAUGGUUCUUUAAAUAGAACCCCAUGGCUAUGUAUCAAGAUUUCUAUGUAUCUAAUGAUGGAUACACAAUGCAAGAUGGAACACCAUGGAUAGGCAACAACCCUCAAGACCAUCCUGGGAUGAUUCAGGUUCUGGAUUAUUACACUCUGUCAAUACCUAAUGAGAAUGUUGAUUGUUAGUAAUUCAUGCAUUCUUGAAUGUAUUUUCUUUUUUUUUUUUUAAUCACGUUUGUCAGCAUUUUGCAAAGGCCACAGGUUAUCAAUUUCUUGUUUUUGUUUUUCAUUUCAGGUAUUCCUAGGUCAUAUUAGGGCACUUGACAUUGUUGGAAAUGAACUACCCUGCUUAGUUUAUGUAUCUCAUGAAAAGAGGCCUGGUUUCCAACACCACAAGAGAGCUGGUGCAAUGAAGGCAUUGAUUUGUGUUUCUGUUGUCUUCACCGAUAGGACACUGCAAUUUGAUUAGGGUUUUAACAGUGGAUGGCACCGACCACAUAGCUACAGUCUCUGUUUCCACCCUUCAUGCCAAGCACAUUGCAAAACUGGUUUUCCAGGCCGGGUUUAGAGAUUUCAAAAACUUUUUAUUCCAGUACAACAACAUCAGCAUAGCCCCAGUCAAUCUUUGAGAAAUUUGAUACAGAUCGUAGUGGGAAGAUUGAUAACAUGGAACUUCGCGAUGCUCUUCGCCAAUUGGGAUAUGCAGUACCACUGCCAGUUUUACAGCUUUUGCUUACAAAGUAUGACAGGACAGGCCAAGACAGCAGAAUCGAUUAUGACAACUUCAUGAGGGCUUACUGAAAAGUUCAAGGAGAAAGGCAAAAGGCACACUGGCACAACCACUAGGUUUUCCUGGUUUUGAAAUUGCUUGUGAAAGAAACUCUAGUUAUGACCCUGAAAUCCCCUACCUGACAACACUUACAGGAGAAGUACAAGUUCUAAAUAUCUCUUAUGACCACAUUCUGGUUGACACUACUGCCUCGUAUGUUUUACCAUGCAAGGACAUUUAUACCAAAGCAUUCAACCUUUCUGACGAAGGGCCUUUCAAGAUUUCUGGAGCUAGUACUCUAACCUAUGCAGAGUUCAUGCUCACGGUUUUACCCUUCAUUGUUGCUUAGCGAGAUUAGUGCUUGAACAGAGUCUUGUUAAAGUGUGUGUUAAUUUGAUGGAAUAAGUCUAAAUAAGGCAGAAAUAUAUAUGUAUGUAUGAGUUAGUAGUACUGAAGGAUUUGGCUGGUGGCCAUAAGGAAACUAUUUGUUUCUGUGAAGACACUGCUACCUUCUUCUGUAAAGAACUUUGUGGUAACCUUUUGCUGUGAAGACUCUGCUACCAUUUCCUAUUUACUGUAUCCAAUAUUCUCUCGAGAAACACCACAUCAUUAUGUAAUAUACAAAACAUUGAAAAUAAAUAUAAUUAUUAUUGUAUUUCU